UCCUCUUAUGUGGUAUCCGUUUUCCUUUGCGCAGUCUCAUCUCGUCUCGUCUCCAUCACUUCUUCGACACUACUCGCACACUGACCCUCCACCUCUUUCUCCGGCAAUGGCGGUGGUUUCCCCCUCUUUCUCUGCCCAAAUCUCCGGCGGCACCACUUUCUCCGGCCUCCGACGUUCCGAUGCCGUCGUCUCCUUCGUCCACCAUUCCAAUUCGUCUCUCCGGCUCGUAUCUUCUCCGUGUCGCCAGCCUCCGAGAGGCGUCGUCGCCAUGGCGGGAACUGGAAAGUUUUUUGUUGGAGGAAACUGGAAAUGCAACGGGACAAAGGACUCCAUCACCAAGCUUGUCUCCGACCUUAACAAUGCAAAACUUGAAACCAAUGUAGAUGUGGUUGUGGCGCCUCCGUUUGUCUACAUAGACCAGGUCAAAUCUUCACUGACAGACCGCAUUGAGAUAUCAGCUCAAAACUCAUGGGUUGGAAAAGGUGGAGCUUUUACCGGUGAAAUCAGUGUGGAACAGCUGAAAGAUAUGGGCUGCAAGUGGGUCAUUCUCGGACAUUCUGAGCGCAGACAUGUCAUUGGAGAAAAUGAUGAGUUUAUUGGGAAGAAAGCUGCUUAUGCUUUGAGCGAGGGUCUUGGAGUGAUUGCUUGUAUAGGGGAAAAGCUAGAAGAGAGGGAAGCGGGGAAGACUUUCGAUGUUUGCUUUCAGCAAUUGAAGGCUUUUGCUGAUGCUGUGCCGAGUUGGGAUGACAUAGUUGUAGCAUACGAGCCUGUUUGGGCUAUCGGAACUGGCAAAGUGGCAUCGCCUCAGCAAGCUCAGGAGGUUCAUGUGGCAGUCAGAGAUUGGCUCAAAAAGAAUGUCUCCGAAGAAGUCGCUUCUAAAACAAGGAUCAUAUAUGGAGGCUCUGUGAAUGGAGGGAAUUGUAGUGAGCUUGCCAAGGAGGAAGACAUUGAUGGAUUUCUGGUUGGGGGUGCCUCCUUGAAGGGUCCGGAGUUUGCUGCGAUCGUGAACUCCGCUGUGGAGAAGAAAGUUGCGGCUUGAUUUGCCACUGACAGAAAACGCUCUUCUUUUCUAUUUUUGGUGUCGUGGAAACGGAGAUAUAUGAAAUAAAUGUAGAGAACAGAGGAUUGCAGCUCUCUUGUUCUGAAAACCUGUUAGUUAAUCUCGUGGAAUAUGUUAUGAUCUUUUGCAUUUCUCUUGCCUAUAAUCUAUCGCAUUUGGUUCAUUCUAACCUUUUGUAUUUAUAAACAUCAUUCUUUACUUGAUACAUUUACAUA